CCAAGGCCUGCUUGCGCAAGCGUUAUUUUGCCGCGAGGUCGCGGGCCCCGCGAAUCCUGCUUAUGAGACUCGUAUUUCUAUAGCUCUGAUUCCAUAUCGCAUUCAAACCAUAAUGCGCUGUCGAGUGCGAGCCCCCGAGCCCCUGUGCAGCAGCACAACACCCACGGCUUUGACCCGGCGCGCCUUGUACCCCCAAGCCUCUGCUGCGACCGCGCGCACCGCAUCAUUCGCGUCCUCCAGGCAGCUAUUUCAGCUGCCUACAACACCUAGAGCGCUCCAAGGCUGCGCGACACGAACUCGUGUCCUCGCAAGCGAUUGCCGGCGCGCCAUGUCGUCGCGACCUGACGUCACGACCGCAGCCGCGGGCAGCGGCAGUAGCAGCGGCAGCGGCAGUAGCAGCAACACGACGUGGGUGGAGGUGCCGGCGGAGGGGCGGGUGGUUCUAAUUGGCAUCACGGGUGCCACCGGCAGGAGCGCGCUGCAGGGCCUGCUGGCUGCUGGCGGCGCCACGGGCCGCCCCGGGCGACACACGCUCCUGGCCAUGACGCGCAACCCGAGCGGGGCCAGCGCACAGGGCCUGCCGGAGGGCGUGCAGGCGGUGGCGGGCGACCUGGACGCCCCCGCCUCCCUGGAGCCCGCCCUGCGCGGGGCCAGCGCCGUGUACUGCCACGCCCUGGCCAAGGACGGCGCCACAGCCGACCCGCAGGAGCUGGUGCGGGCCCGCAGUCUGGCGGCGGCGGCCAAGGCGGCAUGCGUGAAGCUAAUCAUGUACAACAGCAGCGGCGGGCGCGGCUGCGGGUACGGCAUCAGUCAGAUGGAGCAGAAACACCAGGUUGAGGACAUCCUGGCUGCCGCCGUGCCCACCGUGGCUUUGCAGGCCACUCUGUUUAUGGAGGAGCUGUGGAAGCGCUACACGCGGCCCGGCAUUCUCAAGGGCGCGUUCACAUGGAGCUCGCCGGGGGACAGGCCCAUUCAGUGGGUGGCGGCUCGGGACCUGGGUCUGGCUGCUGGCACGCUGCUGGCGGCGGGAGGAGUGGAGGUGCCGGCGGCCGCUGCAGGAGCUCCCUCAGGCGCGCAUGGGGGACUGCGGCUGCGCGCCAUUGAGCUGGCGGGUGACGAGCUGAGUCCGGAGCAGAUGUGCGCGGCCUUCGCCAAGGUCCAGGGCAGCCCGGUGCGCCAUAACCGCGCCCCCGCCUGGCCCUUCUGGUUCCUGGCGCGAGAUGUGUGGCGCAUCAGCAAGUUCCUGACGGAGCGCGGCUACAAGGCUGAUGUGGCGGCGUGCCGGCGGCAGUUUCCCGGCAUGCUCACAUUCGAGGAGUUCCUCAUCCUCACCGGCUGGGCCGACCCCUCCCGCACCUUUGAGGACGGCAUUGCUUUUGCUACAGCCGCCUCGGACACCCCUGCUACUGCCGCUACUGCUGCUGCUGCGACGACGGCCACGGCCGCCACAAAGGAGCAGUAGCGACGGUGAAGUGAAGAGGAGGAGCAAGGGGACAAGAAGGAAUUAACAGGCAGCUUAAAUACCGUAGUGCCGGUCUGUUCCGUGGUGCAAUGCGUGUGCACAUAUGAGAGACUAUGGGUUGUGGUGUAUGGUGUAUGGCGGCGGGAGGGAGAGGACUAGAGGAGAUGCGGCUGUGGGGCCAUAGCGUGAGAGAAGCGGUCGCACGGGGUGUCCAGCAAUUUCUUACGUUAUCUAUCUGUGGGGCACGCCGUAGGACAGUAGGAGCCGCUGAGUAAUGCAGCGCCAUGACGCUGGUGUUUUAGAGGGUGCUAGUGGCCACAGGUGUAGAAGGGUGCAUACGUACGGCGUGGCAGGAGGAGAGGGAGUGCCGAGUGCACGCGGCUACGGAGAGCACCGUACCACCGGCAGGGAGAAUGCCAGGGGAAAGGCAGUUAACACGCACCUUGAGCAUUCCUAGGCAGUUCGGCCAUGAAUAAGCAUGACCACUGGAUGUAAGUCUGCAACAGCUGCGAGCACGGGGUGCAGCAACAGUCACUUGCGUGGGCGAGCUGCGCCUGUGGGCUGUGCCAGGGCCCCAUCGUGGGGCCCCCCGGAGGCAGAGGCCAGCAGAGGCUAGUUCGCGACCAGUUGGCCUUCCCAGGGGACUUUGCGUUGGGAGGUAUUGGACGGCUACAAGCUGUAAAUAUUUGACCUA